GGGUCAAUACUUUUCCAUCUACCCCCUGUGGUUUUCUGGGUCUUAGUUCACCGAAAUUUCGCCACAUGGUGCUAGCUGUACUCGCGGUGGGCGGAGCUUGAAAAAAAUGGCAGGGGUUGAAAAAAGGGCCGUACAAUUAAUUUCAAGGGCCCGAUUCACUCAGGGGCGGCACAAAUGAAAAAUAAUUUUUAAAAUCCAAAAAAAUCGGAAAAAAUUAGAAAAAAAGUGGGAAUAAAUCUGGGAUGGUGUAACUGUAGUGACAUAUUAUGAAGCGCUUCCAGGGCCAGAGGGAGAUGCGGUAAUUGCAAAAUCUAAUUAAAAAAGCGAAAAAUUCGGCAAUAAUUCUGGAAUGGUGUUGCUGGGUCGCAUUUGUCGGCAUAUUGAUGGUCCCUCCCCUUGACGUAUGUGGUUCUACGCGCAAAUGAGAUUUUGCAGGUAAACCCCUUCAGGACAGGGAAAAUUGAGAGAAUCCAUUUAUAUCUCCAUGGCGCUUCUGUCGAAAAAUACCACGAAUCAUGUAAAAAUCAACGUCAAGCGUCUGCAUGAAAUUAUUACACCUAAACAAAAAUCUGUCGUUCACACCAGUGUACAUUCAAAAGCAUAUCGUACUGUAUGUAUUCAAAUAAGCCAUGAACUUUUUCUCGGCAAUUGCAGUAUUUGCUUUUUGUACAUCAGAUAUCAUUUGCACCAAUGGUCCACAAGACUCGAAUAAGUUAACUAUCACUGUACUGAGUCAACCUGCAGGUUACCAUGCUGCUAGAGCUCACAGGCUGAAAAAUCAUCUAUUGGAACAAGCAGAAGACCUCAAAGAUGUCAUCAUAGACAUCAUUUUGACCCAUGAGCUCAAUUUCAGUGAGUCAUGGACAAUUGGACCUUUUCUGCCAUAUCUUUUAGACAACUCAGCUAACUCGAACUGGUACUUCUUCUGUGAAGUAGGCACAGUCAUCCGAUUGAAUUUGCUGGUAGAACUUCUGAAUGGGUUCAAUUCUUCGCAGGAUGUUUGGAUAGGUCACGCACUUUAUGACCACGAGCCCACAAUCAUACACCAUUUUUCUGAGCAUACCAAGAAGUUUAAGUACCCAAACAGCGUGUCUGGAUAUGCUAUUUCAUUGCCGCUCGUUCAGAGACUGUCAGCAAGGAUUGUCAGAGAUGAAAAACCUGACGGUGAAUUUUCGAUAGAUGCUGCUCAUGAAUUUGCAAUAUUUGUUUGGGAUGAGGGAAGAGGAAAACGGAUGUUGCAUGCUCCAGAGCUGUGCGUCGUCUCUGGAGAUGAUUGUGCAACCUAUCCCCAGCAUUUUCACCCCUGUGGUAAAUCUGUACCAGUGGAAAGAGUAUACGUAGCAAUAAAAACUUGCAGUAAAUUUCACACAGACAGAGUUUCUGUUAUUAAAAAAACUUGGGCCAAAUAUGCUGUUAAUAUUGGAUACUAUAGUGACCUACAAGAUGAAAACUUACCUGAAGCUAUACUUACUCCAAAUACCAAGCGGGGCCAUUGUGCAAAGACUCUUUCAAUUUUGAAACACUCCAAUGACGUUUUAUUGAGUAAAAAAUUAGAUUGGCUUUUGAUAACCGAUGAUGAUACGAUUCUCAGCCUCGGGAGAUUGCUACGAUUGCUGACGUGUUACAAUCCUGCAGAAUCUGUAGCAUUAGGGGAACGCUAUGGUUUUCGUUUGUGGGAAGGUGAUGGAUACAACUAUUUAACCGGUGGGGCAGGUCUGGUUCUAUCCACAAGACUUGUUAGCAAGUUGAUUGAACCAGGAUUUUGCAGUUGCCCCUCAGCAUCCACUCCAGAUGACAUGUUUCUUUUUGGUGUGUGUUUGAAACGUGCAGGAGUGCAACCAACACAUUUACCAUUUUUUCACCAGGCAAGGCCUGCUGAUUAUCCUAGGCCAUAUUUGGCCUCCCACGAACCGAUAUCGUUUCAUAAAUUUUGGCUAGUUGAUCCUGAACAAGUUUACAAAGACUGGUUUGCUGAAGCAGACGUCUCACUUUCUCAUCCUAUUCCACACACAGAACUUUGAUAAAAAUUGAAUUAAAAAAAAAGUGAGAGAAAGUGAUACUGAGUAGCUCAUAUGAAAUACAUAUCCAAAAUACUUGGUUUUAUAGAUUAUUUUUUAAUUAAAAAUAUUAAAAAUUGGUAAAAAAAUACAUUAAUAAAUAUAACAGUACCUGUAAAAUAUCUAAUUUACAAACAA